UGCUCGAUAGCCGCGCACUGUACAUCGAUAGUUGUUUACCUUUUUUCUAACAAGAAACAUUUACAAAAUAAGCGUUAAUAGCAUAAAACAAUUAUUUUGUAGUGUCUAGAUAAAUGCAGGAGUGCAGGGUAAAUAAAAUGUAAAAUUCUGCGCUGCCAAACCGUUCACACCGCUCGCAGCGGCACGCAUUUCGCUGCCAAUUUCGCCCUGUGCGCUGGCUGGGAGCAUUUUUAGUUUAGAUUACCAGAAACUACGGCCCGGAGGACGGUGGCUAGUCAUGGAGGAGGAUGUGGGACUGCCGGAGCCCAGUGCGGAUGUGGCACAGUCUUAUAUAACACGGGCGAAAGUGAAUCCUGCGAAGAAGGACAACGAGAAGCGGCGUCGAAAGGAUGCUAUGCGAAAGGUCUCGCAAAUAUUGCGGAAAUGCGACUCCCUGCGCUCCGUCGACGACCGCCAGUUUCUGGAGAAGCACCCGGACAUGGUGAAGGCCACAAAGAAGCGGAAGGAACGCAUCGAGAUCUACAAGGAGCGGGUGGUCGAGAAGGAGGAUGCCCCGCACGUGAUCGAGGCCAAGGUUGAGCAGCUGGCCAACAUAAUCUCCCAGGCGAAACAUCUCAUCUGUUACACGGGCGCUGGCAUCAGCACGGCCGCCCUCAUUCCCGACUACCGUGGCAGCAAGGGAAUCUGGACGCUGCUGCAGAAGGGCAAGGACAUCGGAGAACAUGAUCUGUCAAGUGCGAAUCCCACAUACACCCACAUGGCCCUGUACGAGCUGCACCGGCGCCGUCUGCUCCACCAUGUUGUCUCGCAGAAUUGCGACGGCCUGCAUCUCCGCUCGGGUCUGCCGCGCCACUCGCUCUCCGAGAUCCACGGCAACAUGUACGUGGAGGUGUGCAAGCACUGCAAGCCGAACGCCGUCUACUGGCGCCAGUUCGACACCACGGAGAUGACGGCACGCUACUGCCACAAGACGCACCGGCUGUGCCACCGCUGCUCGGAGCCCCUGUACGACACCAUAGUGCACUUCGGGGAGCGCGGCAACCUGAAGUGGCCGCUCAAUUGGACGGGGGCCACGCAGCACUCGGAGCGGGCGGAUGUGAUCCUGUGCCUGGGCUCUAGUCUCAAGGUGUUGAAGAAGUACACCUGGCUGUGGCAGAUGGACAAGCCGGCACGCCAGCGGGCCAAGAUCUGCGUGGUGAAUCUUCAAUGGACGCCCAAGGACAGCAUAGCCAGCAUCAAGAUCAACGGCAAGUGCGACCGCGUAAUGGCCCAGCUGAUGCAGCUGCUGAAUAUCUCCGUGCCCGUGUACACCAAGGAGAAGGAUCCCAUCUUUGCCCACGCCACCCUCCUCAUGCCCGAGGAGUUGCACACGCUCACGCAGCCGCUGCUCAAGAAUGCCGACGAAGAGGAGGCCUUCACCACCACCACCGAGGAGACGCAGGACUCGACCAUCUCCACGGAAAGCUGCAGCUUCAGCGAUCUGCCCAUAGGCAAGGGACCCCGCAUCCGGACCCCCAUUAAGAACGGAAGACGCAUCAAGACCAACCUCGACCUGCGGCAGAAGUAUGCGAGGAGCGUGUGCUCCAACUUAAUAAACGGGAAUGAUGCAGCGGUCAAGAUAGAACCAUCCUCUAAUGGAGAACUAAAGCUGGACAAUGGUUGUCGUCCUGGCUCUGCCCUGCUGCUGGUGGAGGAGGAGGAGACAACAAUCAAAGUGGAGACUGAACUGAAGCUGGAGGAGGCGCUGGAUAUCAGUCCCAACCACGAUGACGCCCUCCUCCUCACCACCGUGAAGCAGGAGAUGCAGUUGCUGGAGCUGCUGCCGAAACUGGAGCCGCUCUCGCUCAAGGAGGAAGUGGAAUUCGAUAUGGAAACGGGGGUCAAGACGGGGAUCCACCUAAAAGUGGAGUCGAGCAUGGAACUGCCAAAACUAGUCGCUAUUCAGAAGACCCACUUGGACGCGAGUCCGAGACCGAGUCUACCGAGUCUCUGCCAACUACCCGUAGAACUGUUUCUGGAGCCCGUGCAGCUCCCGCCGCUGGUGCCCAUCGGGGCGCCUCUGUCCACACCCUUCAUCGAACCCAAACACAUUCUGCCACCAGUGUUCCAGGCCCUCAACAUACAGAUCCAAAGCGACGGAGCCACCUGCUCGGCGGACUCCACCACCGAAGAAGACGAGGAAAACGAACUGUCGCAAAGUGACAUGCUGCGUCAGCACAACGACGAGGAGCUCCUCCGCCAGCUGCCCAGCUGGUACGACGCCAAGUACGCGUACUCUGGCCUGCACAGCAUCCUCAUACCGCCACCAGAGGAUCUCAACAUCUGGAACUCGCAGGUGGUACCGAACUUCGCCAUGAACCGGUCGGCCGCCAGCUGCGGCUUCUGCUUCGAUCGGUAUGCCGAGCUGGACUGCCAGUUCUAUCGCCAGUGGAACCUCAACCAACGCAAGCACAAAAAACGCGCCCGCAGUGGCCGUUUUGUCGUCUGCGAAUGCUGUCCGACUAGCGACGAUGAGGACGAGUACGACGAAAACAUCUCCCUGGCGCACAUUGCGGCAGCGGAGACGGCCAAGCGUCGCCAGCAGUUGACCACCAGUUUUCCCCGCAAGCUGGCACGCACUCAGGCGGGAUGGUAUGGCAAGGGCUACAAGAAGGGUCGCAAGCGCAGAUAGACUUGCUCACAAUGAGCAGAUCAGCGGCGACGGAUGCGAUGCUCGCUUCAAUAGUAUUUUAGCUGUAGGAUCAUAAGUUAUAGCAUAGAUGGUAGUGACACCUAGCCUAGGGUAGGGUAUCUUUUAAUUUGUAUAAUUUACGUACGUCCAUGUCCACGUUUAAGAUGGUCUUUACUUAUUUAUUACCAUGUCCUUCAGUCCUCGCUCUUUAUUUUUGACAAUAUUUAAUAUGUCAUUUUAAUUGAAAUGAUUGUAUUUUCAAUAUGUGUUGUUUGCUGAUUUGUAGGGAUCUUUUGUCCUUGAUGUGUGUUCGAUAUAUCUGUAUUUAUUUGGAAGUCGCAAUUCGAUUCAAUGUACUAUAUCCUAUUUUUAGGGAUCUUUGUCACAGCAACCCAUUUUAUUUACCGCCCACUUUUAGGUUUAAUAAACAAGAAAGCAUUAUGCUCUACUUAA